AUGCCGGAACUUACAGGAAAUCCCAAUCUGCACGAUGCCACCGAGUUCACCGAGGGACUCUCUGGCACCUGUCUCUGUGGGUCAGUGAAAGUUACAAUUCAUGACCGCGAUCUGUUCACUAAGAGGAGGGGUCAUAUAUGCCACUGUGCCAACUGCCGCAAAGUCUCGGGGAGCUUUGCAGCCAGUAACUUGAUCAUCGAGGAGGACAAGGUCGAAAUUGAAGACCGAGAAAAUACCUUGACCAAGUUCCUCGACACCCAAACCAUGAGUGGAACACCGCUUGAUAGGUACUUUUGUUCGCGCUGUGGAAAUCCAAUCAAGUCUGUCACAUCUCUAUUAUCACCAAAUAUCGUUUUAAAAAUGGGCUUGUUUCCGAGAAUCCCAGCGCCGGAAUUCGAAACCUUCGCUUUGCACAGGCACGAGUGGCAAGGGUUUCAUCCCGGCGUCGAUAAAUACAAAAUCAAGGCAUUUGCAGAAAGGAUUUAGUAGCCAAGCGAAACCAACAAUCUUCAAAGGAUAUUGAAAGUCGAAAAUAAACUAUAAGUUAGAAUGAAUGGAUGGAUGGAUGACCAACACCAGUAUAAAACACCAAUCGUCAUGGUAUGGUUGUUUCCGCUGCAGCUGAAUAUUCAAUUGUAACGAGCUUACAUUCUUUACUGUCGAAUAUUGAGAAUUUGGCUCUACACCC